AAAUAUUUUUUGCUUUUUGUUUUGAGUUACAGAGAACUGCGAAUGAUGACAUAGCGGGCUGAGAUUCGCAGUAUGCUACUUGGUCACUUUAUAGAAUGGGUCAAUCUUUGCAAGCAUCUAAAAAUGAAGAGUUGGAGUGUUGAAUAUUCCUGUGGGGGAAUACGAGCAGUCACUUAAAAAACUUAGAGAAAAGAUAAUUAUUGAUACUAAUAAAAUAUGAAUGAAUGACCUAUUGCUAAUUCCCAUAUUGGGAAUUCAAGCGAUGCCUAAAACGUGGCAGUCGGCUGAAACACCUUACAAAUAUACCGUUAUCCUGUGUUGACAGCUUUCUGUUGUGGCGUAUUUUGAGUCUACAAUUCUGAAAUGUACAUAUAGGCGAAGAAGUUCGUUGUAAGAGGAAGAGAAAUGCGCGGGGAGCAUAAGACCGUAGACACAGGAUAUUCGAAGAUGUUUUGAUUCCCUUUGUGAGCCAUUGUUUCCUGUAAUCACUCAGCAUGAACAGAAACUGGUGGCUAACAUUUAUUGCAGUUUUAGCCUUAACGACAUGGACGCGAUUUUACAAAGUUACAGAGCCAGAUCAUGUUUGCUGGGAUGAAACACACUUUGGAAAAAUGGGAAGCUGGUACAUUAAUAGGACAUUUUUCUUUGAUGUGCAUCCCCCACUUGGAAAGAUGUUAAUUGCUCUCUCAGGCUAUCUGACUGGAUAUGACGGAACAUUUCCCUUUGAGAAACCUGGUGACAAAUAUGAAAACGUGAAUUACACGGGAAUGCGUGUGUUUUGCACAUUCCUGGGUGCCUGCAUUGUCCCCUUUGCCUUCAUCAUUGUAUGGGAACUGACACACUCCUUAAAGGCUGCAACUUUUUCAGCCUCUUUUAUUUUGUAUGAUGUUGGGAUUCUCACUCUUACACAGUAUAUAUUAUUAGACCCAAUUCUACUACAUUUUGUUAUGGGGUCUGUUCUUGGAAUGGUCAAAUUCCAUUCAUAUAGAGACAGACCUUUUACAUUGCGUUGGUGGCUGUGGCUGAUGUUUACUGGCAGUAUGCUUGCUUGUGCCAUCAGUGUGAAGUUUGUUGGUCUUUUUGUUGUGAUUCUUGUUGGUUUGCAUACUACUGCUGAAUUGUGGGAGGUAUUGGGUGACCUUUCAAAGCCAGUGGUAUAUACAGUGAAACAUUUCCUAGCUCGGGCUUUGUGUCUUAUACUACUACCAGCCCUUCUGUAUAUGCUCUUUUUCUACAUCCAUUUGGUAGUUCUUAGAAAAAGCGGUAAUGGUGAUGGAUUUUAUAGUUCAGCAUUCCAGUCACAGCUUGAAGGGAAUUCACUGUACAACGCAAGUAUGCCCAGAGAGGUUGCAUACGGAGCUAUCAUUACACUGAAGAACCAUCGUACAGGUGGUGGAUACCUUCACUCACAUUGGCAUCUUUAUCCAGAAGGUGUAGGUGCACGCCAACAGCAGGUUACAACAUAUACCCACAAGGAUGACAACAAUCAUUUUCGUAUAAAAAAAUAUAACUCUGAGUAUGAUGAAAAUAGUGAUGUGGAAUUUGUGAAGCAUGGUGAUGCUGUUAGGCUUGAACAUGUCACAACACGAAGAAACCUUCAUUCUCAUAAAGAACCAGCACCAGUGUCAAAAAAACAUUAUCAGGUCACUGGUUAUGGGGAGAAUGGAACUGGUGAUGCCAAUGAUGUCUGGAAAGUUUUAAUUAUAAAUGGAAAGGAUGGUGAUGUAGUCACAGCAGUUUCACACCAACUCCGAUUUGUGCAUUACUUGCAGCAUUGUGUACUCACAUCAAGUGGAAAACAGCUCCCCAAAUGGGCAUAUGAGCAACAGGAAGUUUCAUGUAACCCAAAUAUGCGAGACAAGAAUGCUGUGUGGAACGUGGAAGACAACAUCUUCUCUAAAUUGCCCAAAGUGAGCUUUGAAGUAUAUGCACCCAGUUUCAUUGAACGCUUUCUUGAAUCUCAUGCAGUAAUGCUACAGGGUAAUGCUGGCCUAAAACCAAAAGAAGGUGAAGUAACUUCGAGACCAUGGCAAUGGCCAAUAAAUUACAGGGGGCAGUUUUUCUCUGGAAGCAACUAUCGGAUUUAUCUCCUGGGGAACCCUGUCAUAUGGUGGUCAAAUUUGAUAUUUCUUGCAGCUUUUCUAAUAGUAUUCAUUUACAAUUCCGUGAAAUGGCAAAGGGGCUAUAAAGACCCUCCUGAAGUUAAAGAAGCAAAAGACAGAAUGGCAAGUGCUUGCGGAUGGCUGUUUUUAGGUUGGUUUUUACACUAUGUACCAUUCUGGGCUAUGGGUCGAGUACUCUACUUUCAUCACUAUUUCCCAGCACUGCUCUUCAGUUCUAUGCUGACAGGUGUAAUUUUGGAUUACUUGCUGGAAAGUCUACCGUUGUUACUUCCAGCAAUGUGGGCUCAUAUGUUCUACCAUUGGUCUGUUGGAGUUGUUUUCUCAAGUUUGGUGUACAGUUUUUACCUGUUUUCGCCGCUGGCAUAUGGUAUGUCUGGACCAUCAGCAUCGGACCCUAAUAGCACAAUGUAUGGUCUGAAAUGGCUUGAAUCUUGGGAAUUUUAGUGAAGAGAAAAGCAGCCUGUGAAAAGAAAAUGCCAGGGAACAUAAGAAGAAGACUGAAACUAAUUCUGCUGGCUGCAGUCUAUUAAAUUAUUUUGGAGACUUCCCAGAAUUCUUGCAAUAAAACAUGAUUCAAGCAAAUUUACUAUGACUGCUUGUGAGACUGAACCUUUCAUGUUUGCAGAGUAUUUAUAUUUAAUUAUGUACCCUUACUCUGUAUGUUUACUUAUUUUGUUCCGUCCUUCAGAUUGAUACAAUAAUUUAAAUGAUGUAGUCAUUGCUUAGCGGACACGGAGACAAUGUAAAAAUGCGGUGAAGCUACUUACAUUUGUUAAAUGCGAUAUUAUAUCAUCUAAUACUCCCCUAUGUUUAUUUACUCUUGUUUUUGUCUUAUUGUUCUGCUUGGUCACUUAAACAGAUGUGCUUUCAUUUGUAUUAU